AUGUAUUUAAAGGUUAAAGCACCUGCUAAGGCUGGUGCCGUCGCUCCAAUUGAUGUAUACGUUCCAGCAGGUAACACCGGUAUGGAACCCGGAAAAACAUCAUUCUUUCAAGCCCUUGGGGUUCCCACAAAAAUUGCUCGUGGUACAAUUGAAAUCAUCAAUCAAAUGCAUCUGGUGAAGGCGGGUGCUAAAGUUGGAGCAUCUGAAGCUACAUUGUUGAACAUGUUAAAUAUUUCCCCAUUCACUUAUGGGUUGACGGUCGUACAAAUUUACGAUAAUGGUAAUACAUUCAGUCCUUCUGUUCUUGACGUUGAGGAAUCUACUUUGAUCGACCACAUGUUAAGUGGUAUCAAGACGAUUGCAGCUAUUUCGUUGCAAAUUGGAUAUCCUACUGUUGCUUCAGUCCCCCAUUCACUUGUCAAUGGAUUCAAGAAUUUAUUGGCUAUUUCUGUUGCAACAGAAUAUACUUUUGCCGCUUCUGAGAAGGUUAAACAAUAUCUCGCAGAUCCAUCCGCUUUUGCCAUUGCGGCACCGGUCGCCGAAGCCACAGAAUCAAAAGAAGCUGCACCAGCAAAACAAGAAGAACCUGAAGAAGAAUCAGAUGAAGAUAUGGGAUUGGAUCUCUUCGGUUAA